CAGGCUGGAGCUCCUCCUCAGCGCUUCUUCACAGAAAACACACAAAGAUCACGAGAAAGAUCAGACAUCCUCAGCCACUCAUCUCACCUCAGGUGGAAACUCCAGAACGGACAGGUCAUGUCGACUGAUAAAGCUACGGUCAUCAUCCAGAUCAACCCUCAGGUCACACAAGACGACGGAGAGAAGAGCGGAGAAGUGUAUCGCAGUACAGCUCUUACUGAAUUCCCCAAAACACAACCAAAGGCCCUGGGGUCGGUCCAGAUAAUGACCGGAGUGAUGGUUGGUAUGAUGGCUAUCUUACGCUUCAGUUCCAGUGGUUACCGUUUCUAUGUUUCUUCUGGCAUACUCUUCUGGGGAUCUCUUAUUUACAUCACGGCUGGCUCUCUGUCCGUCGCUGCAGAGAAUAAACUUCAUCUGUGCAUGGUGAAAGCUGCUCUUAUAAUGAAUGUGAUCAGUGCCAUGGCUGCAGCGACCGCCAUUGUUCUGACCAGCAUAGAUAUAAACGCCUGUUUAUGGCACUAUAAGUACUAUGGCCCAUGUCUAGAAUCACAGGCAUGGUUUGCAAUAUUGCUGGUUCUCUCCAUCCUUCAGUUCAUCAUCUCCGUCUGGAUCUCAGGAUUUGCCUGCAAGGCCUCCAGCCACGACCCUACCGUGGUAAAUGUGGUACUGAACCAGGAGAAUGAGUCACACUGAGGAGAUGCUCUUUCUUCUGUCUGUUUUUAUUUUGCAAGUGUAAUAAAAUUUAACCUAAAAAAAGAGAGAGAAUUAAAA